GGGGGCGGCAAUGGACCUUACAGCUUGCUUACGCCAUGAAAUAGAAAAAGAGGAAGAAGGCUCUGCUUUUAGAAGAUGUAAAGCCGCAUGCUCCGUCUCCCAGAAGAGCUACGGCUUAUUUCAUUUCAACCUUACUGGUUGAAAGGUAGAAAUUCUUUGAAGACUCAUUUGCCCCUGAAAGAACAUCUGGAACUGUUCUCUAUCAUAAUUUCCUCUGCACUCAAAGCUACGACCAAAGAUGAAAAAGUUUUCCUUGGAAGAUAAAGUAAAUAACUGGGUGGAUCCAUCCUUCUCUGAUACAUCUGACAAGAGCAAGGACAAACAAAUUUGGCGCUUUCAAUCUGAAGAGAGAACAUCUAGAGAAUGGAAAGAAGACCGCAAUGGUUCUCUUUGGAUGAUGAAAUCAAAUGAAAGAGGUCCAGAUGAACCAUGGGUUGACAAGUAUUCACCUUGUUCACAGGGUGAACUUGCUGUCCACAAAAAGAAGACUGAGGAAGUUGAGAAAUGGAUGAGAACCCACACAAAAGCAACAAAGGGUGGUAUUUUGAUACUGACAGGACCAUCGGGCUCUGGAAAAACUGCGACGGUCCGAGUUCUGUCUGCAAAGUUAGGUGUCAGAGUUCAGGAAUGGACUAACCCUGCAAGUGCCGAACCGUACUUGAGCAGUUUGUCUGAAUGGAGAUCACAAGGCUUGUCUUACAGCUCUCAGUUGGCACAAUUUCAGGAGUUUCUUCUGAGAGUUAACAAGUACAAAUGCCUGAAAAUGAAAGGUGAAAGAGGUGCUGCAGAGAAAAAGCUCAUCCUGGUGGAGGAUUUUCCAAACCAGUUCUACAGACAGCCUUGCAGCUUUCAUGACACCUUGAGGUUCUUUGUAAGGAAUAGUCAGUGUCCGCUGGUAUUUAUAGUGUCUGGCUCUCGAAGUGGAGAAGGCAGCUUAUGGUCUCUUUUCCCCAAAGAGAUUCAGGAGGAGCUGCACAUGAGCUGCAUCAGUUUUAAUCCUGUUCCUGCAACAACAAUGAUGAAGGUUCUGAAAAACAUUGUAUACAUGGAGGCAGAAAAGAGUCAUAAGAGUUUGUAUGUUCCUGAGAAGGCAGAACUGGAAAUGCUUUGUUCAGGAUCUUCUGGAGAUAUACGAAGUGCUAUUAACAGCCUACAGUUUUGCUGUCUCCUGGGUAAAGAAAAAGGAUUGUGUACAUUGAAGAAACCACCUGCAAUGUCAUUGAAAAGAGCUGCUGCUCUAUCAAAACAGAAGGGGAAACAAGCAAAGUCAGCUAAGGAGCAAGAAGAGCAUCAGGCUAUUGGUGGGAAAGAUGUUUCUUUCUUCUUGUUUAGGGCACUGGGAAAGAUUCUACACUGCAAACGUGGAAAUGGUGACUGUCCAAAUGAAACUAAAGGUGCCUCUGAACUUGUUUUGCCAUUUCACCUUUUGCAACAUCAUAGAGAAGUAUUACUCGUGCAGCCCGAAUUGGUUGUUGAGCGUUCAGAAACUUCUGGAGAGUUUUUCACCCUAUGUCUCCAUCAGAAUUAUCUGGACUUCUUCUCUGACAUAGAAGAUGUGGACAGAGCUAGCGAGUACCUGUCUGAUGCAGAUCUUCUCACAGGAAAUUGGACGAUUCGUCACAUGAUAGGGGACUAUGGAUCUGCAGUGGCAACCAGAGGGUUGAUCCACUCAAACUCUUGUCAACUUCCUGUUGGCUUCAGACCGCUGCACAAACCAAGUUGGUGUCUAGUCAACAAAAAGCACCAGGACAACUGUGUGGCUGCGCAGUCUUUGUUCAGGAGCUUCUGUCUGACUCCAGUUGGUCUACAGACUCAGUUGCUGCCUUUCCUGGCCAAACUUUGUAACCCUACAAGGAGUCAAGCACAGAUGGCUGUUAUUCAAGAUGUGGGUCAGAUGUCACUAAGGACAUGUUCUGGCAGAUUAAAACCGGAGAAUCUAAGAGACAAAGAGAUGGGCCAGGAGAUCGAGGAAGAAGAGGAAUUACACUGCAGGGUUGAGAAAGGUCCACAAGUCAGUCAGUCCCAUCUCAUUCCAAACCAAGCGCUCUUGGAGGAAGAGGAAGUCAUCAUAGAAGAAUAUGACAGUGAUUGAUUCAAAUGCCACUGGCACUCAUUUGUUGUCUUCUACUACUGACUGAGGUGGUCCAGAAGACUCUCCAGUGUUGGCCAAGCUUGAAUACUUCGAUAGCCAGAGUUGUACAAGUCCAGGUUCUGUGACUGCAAAGCAAACUGGGAUUUUUUACUACCACUGUGCUGUAAAGGUAGUGAGUUGUUGCUGCACACUGCAUUUUGGUCAAAUUUGUCUACAUUUUUAGGCCACUGUGGAUCAGAUCCACUUUGCAAAAUUGCUUAGCCACAUUCUGUUUGAGCAGAAAACAAACAAAAAGGUUUUUUCCUUAUGCUCUGUUAUAUGAAGGACGAUGAUUGGAAAAGGUUGCAAUUUCUUUUUACUGUUGAUGUGAAGAAAAAUUACUUGUACUUUCAGUAUUUAGAAACCUUUUAUUGUUUUUGUGACAGUAAAAUAAUUUUUUUAAAAACUGCAUAAUUUUCUAAAAACAAAACUGUGCAUUGGUAAAUUUUCAUAAUGGAAACUCUAAGAUGAAUUCUGGUUUAGAAAGAGGUUUUUACGUUUCAUAAUGUAUUCACAAAUGGUAUUGACAACCAAACAGACUUUCAACUUUAUAAACAUUGUUUUGUAGUUCUGUUGUCAUUGACAGUACAGUAACAAGAUGAAAAGUAAUUAUUGUUGUUCCCACAACAUCUAAGUGAUAUUCUUGGAUUAAAUUGAUAUUCUGUAUAAAAAGG